AUGUUGUCUCAGGCUGAAAAGCGCUGUCUGCGAGACAUAACCGAUGGUUCAUGCUCUCGAGACGGUGUUAUCGCUAAUCAGGGUGAAGUAUACGCUGACUACCUCAAACAGAUGGAGAAAGAAUCUCGCUUGCGUGCUGUUGAAGAAAAGAAAAACGAAGAAGCCUCUUUGGCUUUGGCCUUACAGCUCCUUAAGGAGGACAGCUUUACGGAAGAUGAGGUGCCAAUAAAUAGGAUCGGUAGUGCUGAAACCGCAAAGCAUAAUGUCUCGUCACUGUCCCCAGUCACUCAGGCAUCCGGUAGCCAGGUAUCCGCAUAUUUGUGUCGUUAA